ACGAGUGGGAGCCACACACUUGGCUGAACCAGACCGGCCAGACCACAUAGUUCAUCUUCACGCCACCACCAUCGGCUUUUCCCCAUUCCCUCCCUCGCCGCCGCCGCCGCCGCCGCCGCCGGCUGCUCCGACCCACCUCUCAUCUCCGCCCUCCGAAGCUGCAUCAUGGCCCGCCUCCUCUCUUCUCCCACCACCACCGUACCGCCUCCGUCGACGACUACCUCGUCCGAACCGACCUGCGGCCUCACCCGAGCCCAGGCACUCAAGGCCUGGCCCCGGCUUCUCCACCGCCGACGUCGCCCCCCUCGACGCCAAGCUCGUCCGCACCAGCGCCGCCGAUGGAUGCUGCUUUAGCUGGCCCAGUUUUGACCCACAUCAAUGUGGAACGAGGGUUGCAACUGGAGCUUAUCCACCUGGGAGCAACACAAAUUGCACUCACAGAUGGGUUCCCUCACAAGCGAUGAGCUAGCUGACUCUGAGAGUCAGGUGAGUCCCUUUGCUAAAGCAGGGUUUUUCAGCAAGAUGUCAUUUUGGUGGUUGAAUCCUCUAAUGAAGAUGGGCUACAAGAAACCCCUUGAGGACAAAGACAUGCCACUUCUAGGCUCCACAGAUCGAGCAUGCAACCAGUAUUCGAUGCUCAUGGAGAAGCUGAAUGGCAAGAACCUGUCGCCAUCUCCAGCCACACCAUCAUUCUUCUGGACUAUUGUUUCCUGUCACACGUGUGCCAUCUUGGUCUCAGGUUUCUUUGCUUUGCUCAAGGUUCUCACUGUGUCUGCUGGCCCGAUAAUUCUGAAGGCAUUCAUCAAUGUAUCACUUGGGAAAGGGACCUUUAAACAUGAAGGUUAUGUGCUUGCUGCAUUACUGUUCGUCUGCAAAUGCUGUGAAUCGUUGUCACAGAGACAGUGGUAUUUCCGCACUAGGAGAUUAGGACUGCAGGUGAGGUCACUCCUGUCAGCGGCUAUUUAUAAGAAACAACAGAAGCUAUCAAAUGCAGCAAAAAUGAAGCACUCUUCUGGAAAUAUUAUGAACUAUGUGAUCAUCGAUGCGUAUCGGAUUGGGGAAUCCCCAUACUGGUUCCAUCAAACAUGGACAACAAGUGUUCAGAUUUGCAUUUCUCUGGCAAUUCUAUAUGAUGUGGUUGGUGCUGCAAUGAUUUCAUCUUUGGUUGUUAUCGUUAUGACCGUACUGUCCAACGUUCCAUUGGCCAGGCUGCAACACAAAUCUAAGAGCAAACUUAUGGAAGCACAAGAUGUGAGAUUGAAGGCCAUGUCUGAGUCAUUAGUUCAUAUGAAGGUCUUGAAACUUUAUGCAUGGGAAUCUCACUUCAAGAAGGUCAUUGAGGGGUUGAGAAAGGUUGAGUACAAGUGGUUGUCAGCAUUCCAGCUUAGGAGGGCAUACAACAUUUUCAUGUUCUGGUCUUCACCUGUUCUGGUUUCGGCAGCGACCUUUCUGACAUGCUAUCUUUUGAAAAUCCCUCUUGAUGCUAGCAAUGUCUUCACCUUUGUGGCAACUCUACAUCUUGUGCAAGAGCCAAUAAGGUUAGUACCAGAAGUUAUUGCAGCCGUGAUACAAUCUAAGGUUGCGUUCACUCGGAUAUCAAAGUUUCUUGAUGCACCUGAGCUAAACGGGCAAGUUAGGAAGAAAUAUUAUGUUGGCAUUGAUUACCCUAUAGCGAUGAAUUCGUGUAGCUUCUCAUGGGAUGACAGCUCAUCAAAACAUACUCUAAAGAAUAUAAAUCUGAUAGUCAAAGGUGGAGAAAAGAUUGCAAUUUGUGGAGAGGUAGGAUCAGGAAAGUCGACACUUUUGGCUGCUGUACUCGGAGAGGUCCCCAAAACUGAAGGCAUGAUCCAAGUCUGCGGGAAAAUGGCAUAUGUUUCUCAGAAUGCAUGGAUCCAAUCAGGAACUGUGCGAGACAAUAUUCUCUUUGGAUCGUCGAUGGAUGAGGAAAGAUACCACAACACACUCACGAGGUGCUCGUUGGUCAAGGACCUUGAGAUGUUGCCAUAUGGAGAUUGUUCUCAAAUUGGGGAGAGAGGGGUAAAUCUUAGUGGUGGUCAGAAGCAGCGGGUCCAGCUUGCUCGUGCACUAUACCAAAAUGCAGAAAUUUAUCUUCUUGAUGACCCUUUCAGUGCUGUUGAUGCCCAUACAUCCACAAGUCUUUUCAAUGAAUAUGUCAUGAGUGCUCUAUCAGAGAAGACUGUUCUUUUGGUGACGCACCAAGUGGAUUUUCUACCUGUAUUUGACUCCAUUUUGUUUAUGUCACAUGGAGAGGUUAUUCGGUCUGCACCUUACCAAGAUCUAUUGGCAGAUUGUAAAGAAUUUAAAGACCUUUUUACAGAGGGAGUAUCAAUAAAGGAGACAUAUGGUAUUCAUGGAAGUGGAUAUACAGAAUCUGUGAAACCAUCACCGGCAGAUCAACUGAUCAAGAAAGAGGAAAGAGAAACAGGGGAUGCAGGAGUUAAGCCUUAUAUGCUUUACCUGUGCCAGAACAAAGGCCUCCUGUAUUUCUCUUUGUCUAUGAUUUCCCACACAUUUUUUGUAGCUGGGCAAAUAUUACAGAAUUGGUGGAUGGCUGCUAAUGUCCAAAAUCCUCAUGUUAGUGCGCUGAAAUUAAUUUCCGUGUACAUUAUUAUCGGAGUUUGCACAAUGUUCUUCUUGCUAUCAAGAUCUUUGCUAGUCGUGGUUCUCGGGAUGCAUGCAUCAAGAUCCUUAUUUUCCCAAUUGCUCAAUUCAUUGUUCCGAGCACCAAUGUCCUUUUUUGAUUCUACUCCUCUAGGAAGGGUUCUUAGCCGGGUCUCUUCAGAUUUGUGUAUUGUUGACCUUGAUAUUCCAUUUGCCUUUGCGCUUAGCCUUGGUGGCAGCUUGAUCGCAUAUGGCAAUCUAGGGGUAUUGGUUGUUAUUACAUGGCAAGUUCUGUCCGUAUCCGUGCCAAUGAUAGUUUUGGCAAUUUGGUUGCAGAGGUACUAUCUAGCGUCGGCCAAGGAAUUGAUGCGGAUCAAUGGUACUACCAUGUCUGCUCUAGCAAAUCACUUAGGUGAAUCGAUUUCAGGGGCUAUAACAAUAAGGGCCUUUGAGGAAGAAGAUCGUUUCUUUGCUAAGAAUUUGGAUCUUGUUGACAAGAAUGCCAGUCCAUAUUUCUAUAAUUUUGCAGCAACUGAAUGGUUGAUUCAACGACUGGAGAUAAUGACCGCCGCAGUUCUUUCUUUUUCGGCCUUCGUCAUGGCCCUUCUUCCUCAAGGAACCCUUAGCCCUGGUUUUGUGGGAAUGGCAUUGUCCUAUGGUCUUUCCCUAAAUAUAAUGUUUGUUGCCUCUAUUCAAUUCCAAUGCAACCUCGGGAAUCAAAUAAUAUCGGUCGAGCGGGUGAACCAGUACAUGGACAUACAAAGUGAAGCAGCAGAAGUUGUUGAAGAAAAUCGACCAUUACAAGAUUGGCCCCAGAAUGGUAAUGUGGAUAUUAGGGAUUUGAAGAUCAGGUAUAGGAUAGAUCUUCCACUUGUACUACACGGAAUCACUUGCAAGUUUGAAGGUGGAGAUAAGAUUGGUAUAGUUGGUCGAACAGGAAGUGGCAAGACAACGUUAAUUGGUGCAUUGUUUCGUCUUGUUGAACCUACCGAAGGGAAAGUAAUUAUAGACUCUGUGGACAUCAGUACGAUAGGCUUGCAUGACCUGCGUUCGCGUUUGGGUAUCAUUCCACAAGAUCCAACACUUUUUCAAGGUACAAUAAGAUACAAUCUAGAUCCUCUUGGGCAGUUCUCAGAUGAACAAAUAUGGGAGGUUCUUGACAAAUGUCAACUUUUUGAAGCUGUCCGGGAGAAGGAACAGGGAUUGGAUUCACAUGUUGUGCAAGACGGGUCGAACUGGAGUAUGGGCCAAAGGCAGCUCUUCUGUCUGGGACGCGCACUUCUGAGAAGAUGCCGCAUCUUGGUUCUUGAUGAAGCGACAGCCUCUAUAGACAAUGCAACAGAUGCUAUCCUUCAGAAAACGAUCCGAACAGAAUUCAAAUAUUCCACUGUUAUUACAGUGGCCCACCGUAUACCAACAGUUAUGGACUGCGAUCUGGUACUUGCAAUGAGCGACGGGAAAGCAGUGGAGUAUGACAAACCUACAAAGCUCAUGGAAACUGAAGGAUCUCUCUUUUGCAAGCUGGUCGAGGAGUACCGGUCACACACAUCGAACACAGAUAUUUAGAAGAGACUGCAGAUUUUGAUUGCUCACUUGAUAAAUCAGCUCUUAGGAAAAAGUGUUAUGCCUGAAGAUAUACAAUAAUCCCUGAAUUGAUCUCUGGUCAAUGAGUAUUGGUCAGUUUCCUGAAAAUUUCGUUUGAUAUCUAUUGCUACCAGAAAUUCUGUGCAAUACGCUGGACUGGUGAAGCUGAACAGAGUAAAUCCCUGAAGAUUUCUCCUUGCUCCAGUAAUAAAAUAUAGAACGCUAAAUUGGAGGGACUUCAAAUCUGCAACCUCUGCCUGCGAUACGAGUUUCAGAUACGUGUUUGGUCAAGUCCUUUGUCGACUAGAUAGUGCAUUCACUUCCUCAUCAUUUACAGCAGCUUAGCAAGCUUGUGCUGAAUGCGUCGACUUUAUACAUGAGGUUUCAGGCUAUGCAAUGUAAAUAUAUCUGAUUGGUUUCAGUUGUCGAUGUAUUUCUCCAACGGAAAGCACCUUGCCUAUUUAUAUUGCGAUGCAUAUCCGGAGUAUUUGCUUUUGUUUGUACACUGGAGACAGAGCACUGUGAUCUGUUUGAGAAAGAAACUUGGGAGGAAAGGAUGCCAUUGUAUA